GUCGAGCGCAAAUGAUCGCAUUUAAAUUCAAGCUCGGCGUACGCCGAUGCCUAAAUGGAGCGUGUGCAGAUGACCAUAACCUUAUUCGUCUCCCCUGACUCAACGAACGGAGGAAUGCUAGAUAACCCCUCAGAAGCAGUGAGCGUGGCGUUGUUUCGUCCUCAGCUCGCUUGCAGAUGUGACUUGCGCACCCUGCAGACGUCGACAUCCAGACGAAAUGUCUCCAGUGAUGACCACCCAGACGACGGAUCGUAAGAUGAAGGCAAGGACCAGGACAGCGCAGGCCAAGCGCUCCCCACCGGCGAAAAGCACUGACAACGAGAUUAGCAAUACACCUGCUGGACCAUCCUCGAGCCCUGUCGUGGCCAGCGUCGCAACUGCUCAGUCGAAGACGACGGCGGAAAGCGGGAUCACGAUGGCAAUCCCAAAAUUUGCUAUGCAGACGCCAGAUCAAACAGCCGGCGUCGCUGCGCCACGGACACAUCAGAAACGACGCAAGGUCCCCUCCGUAUGCCGUAGCUGCCUGGAUGGCCAUUGUAAGAAGGGUGACGAGUGCCCUCGGCGACAAUCACUACGGGAAAGCGCCACCACAUCGCAGAAACGGGCGCAGGAGUUGGACAGGUCUAUGCAAUGUACGCCUAUACCCGAUGAAGGCGACGAGCUCUACAAAGACGAGGAGAUCUUGUCAUCCCCAUUGGGUGCUGUUGAUACGACAGCUCGGACAGACUCGUCUCAAGAGACAGACAACCGCUCUGAGGCAACGAGCAUCAAUAAGAGAGUGAACCGGAAAACACAGAUUCAGCAAGCGAAGCGUUCAAUAUGCUGGAGCCAUGUGCAUGGCCGCUGCAAGAAUGGCGACCAAUGCCCCCGUAAACAUUCAAAAAGGAGAGAGCGCGAUGCGAAGAAGCCGUUGCCAUCGGUCGGGAAAGAUGGUAUUGCAACGUCCACUAGCGGUGGUGACGAGGAAUUACUGGAGAUGCCUGUCGAUCGUUCGAAGGCAUCUGUGUCAGGACAGCCGCAAGUUCAAGCAAACCCUUCACAAUCAUCUCAUGAAGAUAUUCUGGAAAUGAUAGCAACAGCUGAGAAGACAGCGGCCCAAAUGCACUCGGCUUCUGAGCCAAAAAAUGAGCUUAGAAGUCUUCCUUCAGCUGCAGCUGAUAACCAGCCCUCCAGAUUUUCUUACUGACGAUAUAUUGUAGUUAUCUAGCAACGUGUGCAAUUUCUGGUUGCAAGGCCAGUGCGAAUAUGGGGAGCGUUGCCAUCGGACGCAUAUUACGUCACCAGCUGACAAUAUUUCUCGACCUGGCGAACCUCGCAGCGCAGAUGGCCAGGAUCAGACGCAGGGCCUUC